CAACAUGUAGCAACAUUUUUGUUGCCUGUGUUUCUUCUUGUUUGUAAAUUUAGGAACUUAUUAGCAACAAAUGUAAACUUUUUAUUUCCACUGACAGAACUUUUUGUUUCCGGUCGUUUCUGAUAACUGAGAGAGAGCAACUUAGUGUUUCCACCGCGGUUGGUAAACAUGGAUCAAGAUGAUGAAAUAGCUGCAGCAGCGGCGGCCUAUAUAGUGUUGUCGGCAAAAAAGAAAAAAAGAAAGCACAAAUGUUGGGUGAAACCAAGUCUCUGUGAUAGAAGUGAAUAUGGUGGCAUGCAUCUACUCAAUGUAUUAAAAAAGACGAUGUAUACAUAGGAAAUAAUAAAAAUAAUGGUAGUGUCAAAAAUUUUUUACGAAUGUCCAGCACCGAUUUUGAAUGGUUAUUAUGUCAAAUUGCCCCCAAAAUACAGAAAGAAGAUACAAAUUAUAGACAAGCCAUUUCACCAAUGGAACGACUACUGCUCACACUGCGAUUCCUUGCAACAGGCGAUUCUUACCAUUCCUUGAUGUACUUGUUCAAAAUUUCGGUAUCAUCAAUUAGUAGAAUUAUACCAGAAGUAUGUAAAGUAAUCGCUGAAGUUCUGAAGGAUAAACUUAAGAUGCCUCAGAGUAGAGAGGAGUGGCUUAUUACGGGACAUCAAUUCGCUAAUCUUUGGAAUUUUCCUAAAUGUGCCGGGGUUAUGGAUGGCAAACACAUUAUGAUACAAGCACCAAAACAUAGUGGCAGUGAAUUUUAUAAUUAUAAGUCCUUCUUUAGUGUGGUGUUAUUUAUUGUGGCCAACGCAAAUUAUGAGGUGAUGUAUCUUAAUGUGGGCAGCCAAGGUCGAGAUGACGCUUUUCCCCUAUCACCAAACUUAUUGAAACCUUACCCUGGCACUCAAGAGAAAGGUUCCUCAAAACGAAUUUUUAAUUACCGCUUGUCACGCGCUAGGCGUAUUUCUGAGAACGUUUUUGGAAUCAUGUCUGCUAGGUUCAGGGUAUUAAGAAAACCCAUGCUACUUGAACCCGACAGAGUGGAAUUAGUUGUUGCUGCAUGUGUAUAUCUCCAUAAUUUUCUGAGAAGCAGUUUACAUUCCCGAAAGUCAUACUCACCUCCUGGCACCUUUGAUUCAGAAGACAAAGAUACGGGCGAAAGGAUCCCAGGUUCUUGGAGAAACGAAAUAAACAACAAUAUGUUUGCAUCACUGCAAAAAUAA